AUGAACGGGCGUUCGCUCCAAUGGAGUCGCUGUGCAAUACACCAGCGUCUGCAGGCUGACUCGAGCAUCGCUGGGUUAGUUGCUCUUGCCGAUCUCGUCUUUCGCUCAGGCACCAAAUACGUCAAGAGCUACAGAGAUGCACCAACAGAGGUUGGGAACCUCAUCCGCGAGGUCAAAAGUCUCUCUGUUAUCUUGCACAACCUUUCCCUUGUCGCUUUCGGCCUAGAAGAGAUUGAACCACCCGAACCAACUGCUGCUGUUCACGAGCCGCUCCCUAUUCUUCAACCGUACUAUCUCCACCAUUGCCACCAACUUCUGAGGCGCCUGGAGACGGGUCUUUCGCGUACAGAGGCCUCCUUAGAUUCGGGUUCUGGACGCCAAAAACUGCGAGCUCGACUAAAAUGGCCGUUCACUUCAACCGAGUCCAUGGGAAUGAUCCAGGAUAUACAGCGCUACAACCAGAUCAUCCACACAGCUCUUGCCGCCGACUCUCUGGCAAAACUCAAAGAUUGCUUAACCCAACAGGUCGAAAUAAAGGAUGACCUCCAAAAGAUCAAUCGCACUGCGGAAAAGAUCUUGGAUAUACAGGUCAAGAUUGCUCUCGAUGCCAAAAGGAAUCAAGUUAUUAAAGACUUUGACCAAGUGAAUCCUCGGGCCGAAUACGAGACGAACAAUAGACUACGGCAUUGCCUCACCGGCCUUUGGCUCACCCAAGGUCCAGAGUUUGACUACUGGUACUCAACUCCAGCUUCAAGGCUCUGGUGCAGUGGUAUACCUGGCGCUGGGAAGUCUGUUCUUUCUGCAGCCGUGAUUAAGGAGUGUUUGUAUAGAGACGCUCAUGAUGCACACAAAGCGGCAGCAUACUUCUUCUGCACCUGUAGACACGAGCGCUCCCAGCACCUCGUCACCAUUCUCUCUUCUCUCUGCAUACAACUCGCCUUGCAGAGCGAAAACGCUUUCCAAAUCUUACAGGAGUAUCACGACCAACUGUUCUCAAAUCAUCACCUCUCUACAAAGCCCACCGCCGAAAUUCUCACACAAAUACUACAUCGUAUCUGUGCUUGCUUUACCCGCGUCUACAUUAUCGUCGAUGGUAUCGAUGAGUGUGACAAUCGAGUCGAGGCAAAUAUAAAGUGCUUGGCCGAGCUUGCGAUGUCACAAGGGGAUAAUACCUCAUUACGACAAGGUUGGCCGGGGAAGCGAAAGGAAUACAGAGCUCGACGUGAGGCAUUGAGCAAACUCCCUCCUUCUCUCUCUGCAACUUAUGAUCGGAUUUUACUAAGAAUUGAUGGUUACCACGACGCGGUAAAACGACUAGUCAAGGGGGCGCUAUUAAUGCUCGCAACGUCUUUCUCUUCACUCAGCUUUGAAGAAAUCUGCGAGGCCAUUUCCCUGGAAGACGGUGCGACGACUCUCGAAGAUGAUGAGAUUGUAAAGGAAGAGGAAUUGCUGCGAUGGUGCAGUAGCCUUGUUCGAGUCAACAAAUCCAGUUCCAUCACUGGUGGCAAAAUGAAAAUCCAGUUCGCCCACUUUACAGUCCAAGAAUACCUUCAGUCCUUGAAGACUCGCAGUUCUGAUCAUCAAUAUCCACAGCUCAGAGACUACGCUGUUUCGCGCAUAGAUGGUGUGAACUUCUUUUCUUCCCUCUGUUUACGCUUUCUCACUAUGGAGGACAUGAAGCGAUUUCCGCCGACCCCUGACGUAACACGUAGUAUCGGGGACAUGCUUGCUCAACGCAGACGCAGAACCUUUUACUGCAAAUCAGUACUGACCUGGACGCCAUAUACAACGCAACCGGCAAAGAUGGGAACGUCACCCUUGACAUCCCAAUUACAAUCAGAAAGUAUCAUAUCGCUCACUUUAUCAUUCCCUGAAAUAUUCCCCAACAACUUUCAAAUUAUUAUCGAGCUUCUUAGGGCUGGUGUGCCAAUCACGGCUCACGAUGUGCAACUCUUCCGGAUUCGUUAUGAUCGGUGCCUGCAAAUACGUGCUUUCACAUCCGAUAGCUCUCUGAUGUGGUCUCUCGUUCCACAAUUUCUCAAGGUGCUUGGCGAAAAUCUUACGCCAGGUUGCCCUAGAUUUGUUCUUCACCAGGAAACCGCAGACUUUAUCCUGAAAGCAAGCAAAAUAAGGCAAACCCAGUGCCCAGUUGGACAAUCCCUUGAUGGCGCCAGUAGCGAAGAGGUCCUCAAAUACUUCCAUUCACUGAUCAAAUUGAACGACGGAAUUGGGAUGAGUGCUUUCCUUACCACUUCGAGAGCUGAUGUGGCAAAGUCGACGGACAUUGAUCCCAAGCGUCCUGGCUGGAAUGGGCUUCAUCUUGCAUUAUUGGAGAAAUCGUAUCGAGUUUUGGAUCCAUUGACCGUGUGGCAUUUGGCCGCCGAGAUGAACUCGGUGGUGCUUUUGAAGGAACUACUUGACUUAGGCAACGUAAAUGCUGCGCUCAAAAUCACAUCUAAGCACCAUGAGACUCCUAUCUGUGCGGCAGCGACUCGAUUACACCUCGAGGCUGUUUCUCUUCUCCUGCCUUUUUGCAAAACGGAAGAACACUGGACAAGCAGUAAAGCACUGUCCGUCAUUUUAUAUGAACCCAGAUUCUCUGGGGUCAUUCAAUCCCUACAUGGAUUCGGCAUCUUGUCACAAAUGUCAUGUGGUAUGAAUGCUCUAGCAUAUGCAUUCUAUCGGGCUAUUCUUCUUGAUGACGUACAGACUUGUGAGAAGCUUUACGGUCUCGGCUGCCCUUUGGAGUGUGAGCUGCCCUUUCCUAUGCUUGUGACGCCAUUAGCUUUGGCCAUAUCCCAAGGUUCUUACAAGGUGAUGAUGUGGCUAUUUCGGAAGGGCGCGCCUGUUUCAACCAUCAUGGCCCAUCCUACUAAGGAUACGCAUUGCACGGUUCUCGACCUUUUCUUAGAGCGACCCAAUCUUAACAGCCUUCUUCCUACAUUAUUGGAUGUAUACCUUACAGAGAGGGGAUCCUUUGCACAUGAACAACGCAGUAUUCUCAACAUACCUCUCGUUUCGGGUAACACAGAUGGACUCAUAAUAAUGUUGACCAAACUCCAGGGCAAGGCCUUGAGUUGUGGCGAAGUCACAAGAUUCUUUCUGGAUAUUUCAGGUGACUUCAUCUUCAAAAGCACCUUAAGACUUGAGUCCCUCAGUGCCAUUAUUAAUCAGAAGGAUAUCUGUCAUCAGAGCCGGACUCCUCUUUUUGUGGCAGCCGCGCAGAACAAUGUGAAAGCAGCAAAUGCUCUACUUAUUCAUGGAGCCGAUGUCAACGCAACUAACGACAAGAAUUUCACCCCUCUAUUUGUUGCAGUUGAGCAAGGUGCGAUAGAAGUUGUAGAGCUGCUCAUCGGUCGCGGUGCCCAUGUCGACGUAAUGAGUACUUCGUCGUACGGACUUCUUGAUGUGGCUUUCGUACAGAAAUCUUGGAGAAUGGUCAAAAUUCUACUCAAGGCCGGCCUAUCAAGCAAACGAAAAAAUGUGGACGGAAGAAAUCUCCUCGGCCUCAUGACUUUGUGGGCUUGCCAAUCAGACACUAAACCCAAUAUUGGGCUCUUCAAGCAGCUCCUAGAUCAUGGCGUCGAUCUAUACGUAUGUGAUAGGGUCGGUUCUUCCGCUUCCCAUUAUCUUUUUACAAGAUCUUGCCGGGGUUACUUGUUGUGCAUGUUGGACAUGAGACUCGAUCUACAAGUGGAAAAACUCAGCAGCUGGCCUGACCAUUUCUUCUCCAACGGAGUAGAUAACUUGGUUGGCAUAACCAACAGCCUUCGGUAUGUCAAACCUUCGAUCGGGAUUGGGGGUGUCCGCCAGCUAUGUGGCCUGGGAACCCCCGGUACUCAUAGUUUGUUAUGUCGAGCAGCCUGCUGGGGUUCGGUCACAGCGAUUCAGAACAUCAUCAAGCUCGGUAUCAAUGAUCUCGAACACCAUUGUUGUGAACACGGAUCUCCCCUGAAUGCUGCCGUUCACAACCGUAGAUGGGAGGCAGUCAAGUUUCUUGUGCUUCAUGGCGCCAAGGUGCCUGAAGAUCUUUGGAACCCCAAGAAUUCUACCCUCAGUACUGCAAGCCUAGAUUUCGUUAUUCGAGAAUGGCUAUUUUUUGGCAGGUACACCGAGCGAAAGCGGAUCUCACUUGACCUGCUAAAUGACGAGCCAGAGAUCAAGAGCUGGUCUGGAGUAUGGGUCGUUCGGGUUCCCUUACAGUGGCGGGAUAGGAAGUGUUCUGUGGAGAGCACCUUGGAAUACGCCAAACGAAGACAUUGGCUUGAAAUUGAGUACAAGUCAAGCACUGUUCGAGAUACUCAAUUGGUGCGACCAAAAGAAAGACGCGGCAGCAUGUCGAGUGUUGAACGGCAGGGCUACUGCUGA